CAAACUUACAGUCAUUCAAGUCGCUUUCGCCUUGUAAACACGUCGAUGCUAAACAUCAUAUUAACAAACAGACCCACCCACCCAUGACCCAUUUUAUACCCGGUUUGUAUAAUUGUAUAGAAUGUCAAUCCUUUGGAAACUGAACAUGACCACUAGAUAUAUGUGGUUGGUCUAGCUUAUAAGUUAUAAUAGUUACUACUGUGAUGAGAUUCUACUUGUCAGAAUUUUCUAUAAUUCUUUUGUGUUGAUUUUUGCUCCUGAAGUAGAAUUCUUCUUGUUUUAAAUCUUCUGCAGAUACGAGUAGUUCUGUGUUACUUGUGUUUCGUCUGUGCUGCAUAGAUGCUUUGAAUGGUUAAUGAUAGUGUCUUGGGAUGCUGGUUGAAAGAGGUUCCAGUUUUCGGUGGAAAUAUUAUAGUUUUGUAUCCACAAUAUCCACAUGAUUGUCAGGGUAGGCUUUCUGGUUGCUGCUUCAAUUGCAGCGUAUGCCGUUAAGCAGGUUAACGUUAAACGUCCUCCGUCAACUUCUGUAAAAAAAUCUGCAGGAAAGGAUGAAGAGGAAGAGGAAAAAGAAGAGGUCAAAUUGAUUAGCGGUUUGAUCAAUGUGCAGCCAAACAGUCCUGAUUUUGAAGAUGACAUCUUACCAGAGUUUGCAGACCUUUUAUCGGGCGAAAUCGAUAUUCCAUACGAUAAAGACCGCGUUUACGAAGCCGAGAUGGCUAACAGCGAAAACGAGCUGGAACGGUUACGAAACCUGGUCAAAGAAUUCGAGGAACGGGAAGUCAAACUCGAAGGUGAAUUACUUGAAUACUACGGACUAAAAGAACAAGAAUCCGAUGUUGUUGAAUUACAACGACAAGUAAAGAUUAAAACCGUGGAAAUCGAUAUGUUGAACAAGACGAUCAGCACGUUACAAACCGAGAGGAAGAAACUGCAAGAAGAAGUUCUUCAAGCCGCUUCGUACAAGAAGGAAUUGAACUCCGCGAGGAGUAAAAUUAAGGAGCUUCAGAGACAGUUUCAACUUGAAGCGAAUCAGACGAAAGGGCAGCUGUUGUUGUUAAAGCAACAAGUUGGAAUUCUUCAAACGAAAGAAAAAGAUGCAGUCAGAAAAGAUAUUGAUAUUGAUAAAAAGUUAAAAACUUUAAAGGAGUUAGAAGUGGAUGUUGUGGAGCUUAAGCGGAAGAACCGAGAGCUUCAGCAUGAGAAGAGAGAGUUAGUUAUUAAGCUCGAUGCAGCUGAGGCUAGAAUCGCGACAUUAUCCAGUACUACCGAGACGGAAAUGGUGGCGAAUGUUAGAGAAGAGGUGAAUAAGUUAAAGCACACAAAUGAAGAUCUCUUAAAGCAAGUAGAGGGACUCCAGAUCAACCGUUUUAGUGAAGUCGAGGAGCUUGUUUACCUUCGUUGGGUCAACGCGUGUCUACGGUUCGAGCUUCGAAACUACGAGACACCAGCUGGGAAAACAUCUGCUCGUGACUUGAACAAAAACCUGAGCCCAAGAUCCCAAGAAAAAGCUAAACAGUUAAUGUUAGAGUACGCGGGUUCUGAACGUGGACAAGGUGGGGACACUGACCUCGACAGCAACUUUUCUCUACCGUCGUCUCCCGGAAGUGAGGAUUUCGACACUGCUUCGAUCGAUAGUUCCAUGAGUCGGUAUAGUAGUCUUAGUAAAAAACCUAGUUUGAUUCAAAAACUUAAGAAAUGGGGUAAAGGCAAAGACGAUUAUCAAUCUAGCGCUCUUUCUUCACCUUCAAGAUCAUUUUCAGGCGGGUCUCCACGGCCUAGCUCUAGCCAGAAACCGAGAGGCCCGUUAGAAGCUCUUAUGUUGAGAAAUGCUGGUGAGUCUGUAGCGAUCACCACGUUCGGAGAGGGUGAUCAAGAAUCCCCUAAUUCUCCUUCUGAUCCGAACAAUGUCGCAUCAUCAUUCCAGUUAAUGUCUAGAUCAGUUGAAGGCGUUUUAGACGAAAAGUACCCUGCGUAUAAAGACCGUCAUAAGCUCGCUUUAGAACGUGAAAAGAAAAUCAAGGAAAAAGCCAAUCAAGCUAGAGCAAUUCGGUUUGGUGAUACGUCAGGUUACAAACCACCAAUCAACAGUAAGACAGUUAGUUUACCGCCAAAACUCGCUCAAGUUAAGGAACGAGUAACACUAACUCCUGACGCUUCCGCCAAUCAGUCUACUGAUGGAAGUGAACUUGGUUCUUCAACGGUUAGUAAGAUGCAAUAUGCAGACAUUGAAAAGAGACCACCUAGGACCGCACGUCCUCCGCCCAAACGGACAGGUGGGGCUCCUGCUGCCACCGCUAAUCCGGUGGUGUCUGGAGGUGGGCCUCCUCCUCCACCUCCCCCACCAGGGGCUCCACCGCCACCUGGUGGGCCGCCACCACCACCCCCUCCGCCAGGAAGCCUUGGCAGAGGAGCUGGCGGUGGUGACAAAGUUCACCGCGCUCCAGAACUGGUUGAGUUCUACCAGAGCUUGAUGAAACGUGAAGCGAAGAAGGAUACAUCUGUUAUAUCCACUAUUACGUCUACCACGGCAGAUGCAAGGAGUAACAUGAUUGGGGAGAUUGAGAACCGAUCGACUUUCCUGUUGGCUGUAAAAGCUGAUGUGGAAACUCAAGGUGAUUUUGUCGAGUCACUUGCUUCGGAAGUCCGUGCUGCUUCGUUUACAGACAUAGAAGAUCUGCUGGCCUUUGUAAACUGGCUAGAUGAAGAACUUUCCUUCUUGGUUGACGAGAGGGCAGUACUGAAGCACUUUGACUGGCCAGAAGGGAAAGCAGAUGCACUGAGAGAAGCAGCCUUUGAAUAUCAAGAUCUAAUGAAACUUGAAUCACAAGUAACUAACUUUGUUGAUGAUCCCAAUCUCUCUUGUGAAGCUGCUUUGAAGAAGAUGUACAAGUUGCUUGAAAAGGUGGAGAACAGCGUUUAUGCAUUACUACGAACAAGGGACAUGGCUAUGUCUAGAUACAAAGAAUUUGGCAUCCCAGUCAACUGGUUGCAAGAUUCAGGUGUCGUAGGCAAGAUCAAGCUGGCGUCUGUACAAUUGGCUAGGAAGUACAUGAAGCGCGUUGCAUCAGAACUUGAUGCAUUGGAUGGACCCGAGAAAGAACCAAACAGAGAGUUUUUGGUGCUUCAGGGCGUGCGUUUUGCUUUUCGUGUUCAUCAGUUUGCAGGAGGAUUUGACGCAGAGAGCAUGAAGGCAUUUGAAGAACUAAGAAGCCGAAUGAAUAAACAAUCAAAUGACGAAAAUCCCCCUGAAGCAUGAGCGUUACAUUAUUUUUCAUCUUUUUUUUUAUGAUGAUAUAUUCAAUAUUAUAGUUUGUUUAUAAUUAUUGUCUCUAUGCAAAACCAUAUUCUUUAUAUCUUAUAAAACCACAUGAUCAAAUUCAGAUAA